AUGGGCCUGAGCCACUCUAAGCCUCACCCUAGAGUGACCAAAGUAGCACCUUUGCAAAACAAAGAGGAAGAACUCCUCUCUGCCAGCCCCGUGGACUUUGCAUUCAGUCAGAAUCUGGAAGAAAAGAGUUCGUAUUUGUUCACAGGACUGCAGGACCAGAACAAAGCUCUGGAAGGUCAGCUGCCGCCUCUACGAGAGACCUGGUAUGGAAGAUACUCUGCAGGGCCCAGGGCCAUGUAUUUUGAUAUCCCACUGGAACACGGAGAAACAAGUAUUAUUAAAAGGCAUCCACCCCGAAGACUUCAAAAGCUUGAACCCAUUGACCUGCCGCAAGUAAUUACUUCUGAAAGGCUCCUGAGCCAGCAAGAAGCCAGAACAACUCACAGAGCAAAGCAGGAACUGGAAAAGACAAUGCCAACUCCAGGAUACAUUCCCGGGAAAAGACAAUAUUUACAUAAGAUGAGAAUGUUGGAAAUGAACCGGAACAGACAAGAGGCCCAAGCAGAGUUGAAAAAAAGUCUUCACAGGGAGGCAAGGAUUAAUAAGCAAAAACCGAGGGACCAUAAAGCCAAGAAAAUCCUUCAAAGCAUCCCAAGAAAUGAUGACAGGGACCUUCCAACCUUUUUGCCAGAUGAAACCUUGAACAGAAGUCCAGGAAAUUCACAGAAUGAAGAUUUGGGGGAACAUCAAGCAAGGAAUGACUGUCGUCCCCGGAAAAUUGGCAAAAUGGAAAUGUGGCUCCGUGAACAAGAGGCCCGGGGACAGCUUCUCUGGGACAGUUCUAGUUCUGACUCAGAUGAGUUGAGGAAAAGCGAGAAGAAACCACAAGCACUGGUCAGGACCAGGACAGAGAGAAUCCCACUUUUUGACGAGUUUUUUGAUCGAGAAUAA